AGAAUAUCCCUGUUCUUUGGUGUGCUUUUAUUUCUUGAAACCUCGGAGGCGAAAUCCUCCCCCCCCCCUCAUAAAAAAAAUGCCUGCUCCAGGUGAAAUGAAUGGUGAUGCCCCAGCUGCUCCAAGAUCAGAGCUUGAUGAACUUCAGCUCAAAGCAUCUCAAGUCACAGAUGAAUCUCUGGAAAGCACCCGACGGAUGAUGGCUCUCUGCGAAGAGAGCAAAGAGGCCGGUAUUCGAACUUUGGUGGCACUUGAUGAUCAGGGAGAACAACUGGAAAGAAUUGAACAGGGAAUGCAUCAGAUCAAUGCAGACAUGAGAGAAGCUGAGGAAAAUCUGGCAGGAAUGGAAAAGUGCUGUGGAUUAUGCAUCUUACCCUGGCAAAGGAGUGCCAAUUUCAAAGAGAAUGAAGGAACUUGGAAGAACCAAGAAGAUGGCAAAAUGGUUAGCAAUCAACCAAUGCGAGUUACUGAUGAAAGAAAUGGAGCCAUGGUCAAUUCAGGAUACAUUGGAAGAGUGACAAAAGAUGCACGUGAAGAUGAGAUGGAGGAGAACAUGCAGCAAGUGUCUGGCAUGCUUUCAAAUCUUCGGAACAUGGCCAUGGACAUGAAUUCUGAAAUCGAUAAUCAGAACAACCAAAUCUCUCGCAUCACAAAUGAGGGUGAUUCAAAUUAUACUCGCAUCCGCAUUGCUAAUGAACGAGCUGACAAGCUGAUGAAGUAAAUUGCAGGCAGCUGCUGUUGGGGGCAAAGGAAAUGCUGAAGAGACCAUAAUUUUCCCUUUUUUUGGAAAAAAAAACAAAUGCCUUGGUUCUGUCUUCCCCAGUUUUAUUGUUUGACAUCUUUUUGUUGUUGUUUCAUUGCUUGUGGAAAAGGGGUUCAAUCCUUGAUUUCAAACCAAAAAUCCUGGCUUAUUCUCAUCUGCAUGCAAAAUUGAUAUCAGCCUUUUACACCACAAAACUGAUACAACAUAUAUGAGUGAGGUAUGGGUCAUGAUAAUUAUUGCAUGCAAAAAAUGGCUUUUUGAUGAUGAUGCAACCUGUCUUUCUGGAAUGAAAUCUUUUUUCUUGAUUCACCGGCAAAAUAAGUUACUUGAGGAAGCUUUCAUGAAAACACAAAUUCCCCUGUUGUUUUUGUUUUUGUUGCAAUGCUUCUCAGAGGAAUCCAGAGUAACCUUUUGCUUACAGCAACUUCAGCUUACAGUGGUUUCAUUUUGCUUCCUGAUGUGGUGUGAGUGUACCAGUAUUUAUACCAGCCCUUUUUGCAAGACUAUUGUGUGUCCUUGUGUACAAAUUUGCAUCAGCAAGCAGAGUUUCAGACUUGAAGUUUUCCAUUCAAGCACACAAUAGUUGUGAAAUGCACUAGAAAAAUGUUAAUUGAUUAUUGGUAAAUAUCCUGACAUCCUGUCAUAAUUUUAUCAGUUGAACUUCUGGAAUUCAAACUUCAAAAAAGGAACAAACAAAACAGUUUUUGUUGGGGUAAGUUGAAAAGAUGCUGAUUUUGGAGGACAGAUUUAAUUUGCCUUGUUAGUCCUCAAUUUUCUUUGACAAUGCAUCA